AUGAGUUCAACGCAACCGGAAAGGUUCACGUAUAUGCUCAACUCACCACGUUGCCCAAGUGACGUCACAAAUGCUAGGAUAUUCAAUGAACCAUCAAAUUCGAUCGAUAUGGAUGGUAUGCACAGGGAAAUGCAAGUUCGCGUCGAGUAUUACGUUAACGAGAAUACCUUCAAGGAACGGCUUCAGUUAUAUUUCAUCAAGAACCAACGAUCGAGUUUAAGAAUACGACUGGCCAAUCUUUUCUUCAAACUUCUGACAUGUUUCCUUUACAUAUUCCGAGUUAUAAUCGACAACGAUCCAACCUUCGCAGCAUGUUACGGAUGUAUGCCAGGAAACAAAACGGAAUUUCUGGCUUCCCAAAAUUUAACCGAAGAAGAAUUUCAGGAACAUCCAACCAUCAAUUGGGAUGCAAUCUUAUGGGUAAGAAGGCCAUUGGAACUUUGGAUCGUACAGGUGAUCCUAGCUAUGGUUUCGCUCACGGAAGCCUUGUUACUUGCUUAUCUUGGCUACAAGUUAUUAUACCCACCAAUGAGAAAUCUAUUCAUCCCGGUAUUCUUAAAUUGUUGGUUGGCCAAACAUUCGUUGGAGAAUAUGUUUAAUGAUUUACACAGAGCCAUGCAAAAAUCUCAAUCAGCCUUGAGUCAACAAUUAAUGAUUCUUAGUGCAACGUUACUGUGCCUUGUCUUUACUAGCGUAUGCGGAAUUCAGCAUUUUCAGAGGGCAGGACAUAGGCACUUAAAUCUAUUUCAAAGCACGUAUUUCGUCGUGGUAACAUUUUCUACGGUAGGUUACGGAGACUUCGUGCCCGAUAUUUGGCCCUCGCAACUUUAUAUGGUUAUCAUGAUUUGUGUCGCUCUCAUAGUGUUACCAACUCAGUUCGAACAGUUGGCUUUUACCUGGAUGGAAAGACAAAAGUUGGGUGGCUCUUAUUCGUCGCACAGAGCUCAAAGCGAAAAACACGUAGUCGUUUGCAGUACAACCCUACACGCAGACACCAUAAUGGAUUUCUUAAAUGAAUUCUACGCUCAUCCGUUGCUGCAGGAUUAUUACGUCGUUCUCUUAUCUCCGAUGGAACUCGACACGACGAUGAGAAUGAUCCUGCAAGUACCUAUAUGGGCGCAAAGAGUGAUUUAUAUUCAAGGAUCCUGCCUGAAAGACGGUGACCUAGCCCGAGCCAGGAUGAACGAGGCGGAAGCUUGUUUCGUCCUUGCUGCGAGAAAUUACGCUGACAAAACGGCUGCCGACGAGCACACGAUACUAAGGUCGUGGGCAGUUAAGGAUUUUGCACCUAACGUUCCACAAUACGUUCAGAUCUUCCGUCCGGAGAACAAGCUCCACGUGAAAUUUGCGGAACACGUUGUUUGCGAGGACGAAUUCAAGUACGCCCUUUUAGCGAAUAAUUGUACGUGUCCCGGUGCAUCGACCUUGGUAACCCUUCUGUUGCAUACAUCGAGAGGACAGGAGGGACAGCAAUCGCAAGAGGAAUGGCACAGGCUCUAUGGCAAAUGUUCCGGCAACGAGAUUUACCAUAUAAUCCUGGGAGAUUCACGAUUCUUCGGGGAAUACGAGGGCAAGUCCUUCACUUACGCGUCCUUUCACAGUCACCGGAAAUACGGCGUUGCUUUGGUUGCCGUCAGACCAGCCGAACUUCCCGAAUUUUACGAAGACACUAUUCUACUCAAUCCCGGUCCCAGGCACAUAAUGAAAAAGACGGAUACGUGUUAUUACAUGAGCAUUACCAAAGAAGAAAAUUCAGCGUUUGUAGUGGCAAAUCAUCAAAGCGCUGCUGCCGAGCCUGCACAGGUAGUAGUCGAGACUACUAAAACAGAUGCGGUUAAUUCUGGUAGUAGUGGUUCGACGACGACAAAUACCAACACUACUACGAGUACCACGACGACAAUGAUUUCUUCGAGUAAUACAGCACCAACGACAACAACCAACAUUACAACGACCACAACAACCCUCUCGAUAAGUUGCAGUAUACCUGUUGGAACCGGUGGUUCACCUGCUGCUGCUGUUGCUGGAGGAGGAGCAGGAGGAGCAACUUAUCUCGAUCCAGGAGGGUUGGGAGAUUCUAGACAAUAUUUAAAAGAAGCAAGUUCUAGCCCACAAACGCCAAUUACAGGAAAUCAUUUGGACGUGCCGCGUUCAAUCGAUCCUAAUCCAAAUCUUCUCAGUCCAGAAAUUCUUACACAAAGAAGAGGAAGCAGAAGACCGAGUAUCCUUCCUGUGCCUGACAUGUUAACGAGCUCAACUUUACAUCUACCAGGACAAGAAUCCUUGGAUCAUGAGGGUGACGAAUCGGAAGACGAAAUGGACGAUGAUGUCCCAUGGAGAUCACCAAGUGAAAAAAUAGCAUUUAAAGGGAUAGUCAAGGGUUUUCCACCGGUAUCACCUUUCAUCGGGGUUUCACCUACUUUGUGUUACCUUUUGAAAGAAAAAAAACCCCUUUGCUGUCUGCAAUUAGCUCAGGUUUGCGAACAUUGCACCUAUAGAAACGCUAAAGAAUAUAACUGGCAGAACAAAACGAUCAUUCUCGCCGCCGAUUACGCGAGUAAUGGAAUUUACAACUUUAUAAUUCCUCUGCGAGCUCAUUUCAGAUCUAAAACAUCUUUAAAUCCGAUAAUACUUCUUUUGGAGAGAAGACCUGAAAUAGCUUUUUUGGAUGCUGUGUCGUAUUUCCCUUUGGUAUAUUGGAUGUUGGGAUCGAUCGAUUGUUUGGAUGAUUUACUUCGUGCCGGCAUCACAUUGGCGGAAAAUGUUGUCGUAGUGAACAAAGAAUUAAGCAAUUCUGCGGAGGAAGAUACUUUGGCAGAUUGCAAUACCAUCGUUGCAGUUCAAACGAUGUUCAAAUUCUUUCCAAGCAUAAAGAGCAUAACAGAAUUGUCCCAAUCGAGCAACAUGCGUUUCAUGCAGUUUCGGGCACAUGACAAAUAUGCUCUUCAUCUCAGCAAAAUGGAAAAGGUACUCCUCAGUGCUACUUCCGGUGACAACUACCACAAUGAGCCUCCGAUGGGCUCUCCGAGAGAAAAGGAGAGGGGAUCCCAUAUAUCGUACAUGUUUCGAUUACCAUUUGCCGCUGGGAGCGUAUUCAGUGCGUCCAUGCUCGACACCCUGUUGUAUCAAGCCUUUGUCAAGGAUUAUGUAAUAACAUUUGUGAGAUUGUUGCUCGGAGUCGAUCAAGCACCUGGAUCUGGAUUUCUCACGUCGAUGAGAAUAACGAAGGACGACAUGUGGAUACGAACUUAUGGCAGACUUUAUCAAAAACUUUGUUCGACUACUUGCGAAAUUCCUAUUGGGAUUUACAGAACGCAGGAUACAACAGUAUCGGAUACUUCGCACGGCGACUCAGACGCAGAGAGCGACGCCGGCGUCGGUGUGACGUACAAGGUACGCCAUUCGGCGGCUGCAUCGUGCCUUGCAAAUUGUUCAACCCGUGACAAGGGUACCUCAGCCUAUUCGGUGAGUCUCGGGGACGAGGCACGGGACAACCACGCUCAACAAAUCGAGAGGGCAGAAAUUGCAAACCUGGUGCGUUCGCGAAUGGAAUCAUUGAAUCUACCUGUAGCGGAUUACGACGACGUAUCGGAGAAACGUAACAGCCUGUCUUACGUAAUCAUCAAUCCUAGUUGCGAUUUGAAAUUGGAGGAAGGGGACAUAGUCUAUCUCGUUAGGCCGAGCCCAUUUUCGGCACAGAAGACCUUCGAGCGUCACAAUUCAAGGCGUAAGAGCAACAUCAGCUUCUGCUCGGCACAAUUAGUCUCGCAGAUGAAUGCAGCGGUCGCCUCGGCUGGAUUUCCCGGUGGUGGCCCGGGUAGCCGUCGAGGUUCGGCCAUUGGCUUGGCCAGACCACCCCCGUUAGGUACCACAAAAUCGAACUCUUUGUCUCUUCCCGACAGUCCUACAGUAGCCGGUACACUACGGGGCCGUUCCAAUUCCCUGAGAGUCGUCGAUGAUAUCCUGUUAAGACGUAGCAAUUCAUUGAGACAAGGACUCACGGUUUCGAGGAGGAAAAGCAGCCUGGAGGACAUAGGACUGGGUGCUCUACCACAUCCCACCAAUCACAAUCCUAUAAAGAUUGCGCUCAACGGAUCUAUCGGUUUGGAAGUUACCCCACCCGAGGAAGGUUCUUUAGGGGGUGGAGGUGGUGCCAGCAAUACAGGAAUACUCGAUGUCGGUCUCCCAUCAAUGCCGAGUAUUGGUCUUGGAUUCGGACCCUCGUUAGGGCCAGGAUUGUGCAGUUCCUUGGGUGGUCUGUACGAUCCCUCGACCCUACAAAGUCCCAUGGUGCAAUCACCCCAAUCACCGCAAAUUCAAGCGCCCACGCAGGAUCCACAGCACAUACAGGGGACGAUAGUAUGAUAUAAUCUUAUGUGGGGACGCAGACUAUCCGGCGUAGUGCGAAACAAAUGGCUCUAGCGUUUCCCACAUUAGUUAUUAGAAAUUACCUACGUCGUUUUAACGAACGUAGCGUGCUUCCCCGUAAUCAUCAACCGGUGGAAACCCCAUCACCCGUUUCAACCCACCCCGCCAUCCCAAUGCACACGAAUUCGUGCAUGGAAUUCCAAUGGAAAACGUGCAAAACCGCAUAAUUGCGACCUUUUACAUCGUUUAUCCAUAAUCCGAAUAGAACUUAUUGUUAAACGAGAUCCAAGAGAGAGUAAAAGAUGAUACUACACUCUUAUAUAUGAUGCAGCAGUAAUAUAUAUAUAUAUAUAUUUCCUAACAGUUUUACUCGUAACGAUUUACACAAACUGUGAUAUAUUAUUAUACUUUCAUAUGCGUUAUAUUAAUCUCGUUACGAUUUUCUUUUUCAAUUUCGAUUCGUUUGAUUGCUAUUUCUUUCUUUUUUUCUUCUUUUUCCUUUCUUUAAUUUAUUAACGAGAAUAAUUUUAAACAACAGCAACAACAAGAAAAAAAAAACACGAAAGUAUUACGACGAAAGAAUAUAAACAUUUUAAUCUUUUCGUUGAAUAAUUAAUAUCUAUGUGUUCAACAUGAUAUAUGUAUACAUAAUUGUCCGAAAAAAAAAAUACUUUUCUGAACGAUUUACUACUGUCAUCAUUACAAACAAGUCGUUCGCUUAGCAAACACAUGAUUGAUGAAACGAGAUAGAUUUUUUCGUCAAUCAUAAAUGGGGGGAGGGGUUGAACGUUGUGACAUGUUGAAAACAAAUGAUACAUACAUAAUGUCAGAUUCCUAACCAGAAAGAACCAACAAAUAUUAAAACACGUGGAUAUAUAUAUAUACAUAUAUAUAUCUAUUAAUCAUUUGAAAAAUCUAAAUAAUAUCGCGUCUUUCGAUCGGUGACAAAUAUCUAAUUUGGAAUUUUUGUUCUUUUUGUAUUAUGGAGACUGCGAAAGUAAAGCAUUAGAAAAAAAAAAAAAGAACUGCGGAUAUUUCGAUAGGAUCGUUAA